CCGACUUCUUGCUCGACGAGUGCCGCCGCUGCGGCUUCUCCCGACGCGGCUGCCGGUGUGCGCCGAUCCGGAUCACGUCGGUCGCAGGUGCGACUUGUCGAUUCGGUGCUGGGCUCUCCUGGGCAUGGCCAGAAGUGCCCCUGGCCCCACGGCCUCCUCAGCACCCCUCACGAGGCCCAGCGGGCCCCAGGGGCGCCAAAAUGGAGCGAGGAGCUGCAGUAGCCAUUUUGGCUCCAGUUUGCUCGAGGCGGUAUUCUUGCAGCACUGCCCUGCGUGCUUGACACCGCUCUGCUGGGCAAGCUAGCACGAUGUCCCUGACCUUCGUCGGUGCCGCCUCCCCCGCUUUGGCGGGCCUCCAGGUCAGCCAGCUCGCGCCGACCACCGCGCCGCCAGCGCUGAGGGCCACCGCGGCGCAGGAGGGCGCGGCUGGCGGCGGCAGCCUGGGCGCCGCCCUCCCGGUGGGCGCGGCGGCCGCACUCGUGAUCGCCGCGCGCCGGCCAGCGCGCGCGGCGCGGCGCGCCGCCGAAGCGCCGCCUGCGCCGCCGCCGUUCGACCCGGCGACGCAGCUGGGCGCCAUGGCCCCCCUGGGCUUCUUCGACCCGGCGGGGUUCAGCAAGGUGGGCGACGAGGAGGGCUUCCGCAACCUGCGCACCGCGGAGCUCAAGCACGGGCGCGUGGCCAUGAUGGCGGCGUUGGGGUUCGUGGCGCAGCAGUACAUCCAGUUCCCCGGCUUCGAGUCGGUGCCUGCGGGCGUGGGCGCGGUGACGACAGCGCCAGGUACGUACGGCUUCGUGGCGCUGUUUCUGUUCGCUGGCGCCAUGGAACUCGCGGUGUGGACGCAGGACCCGAAGAAGGAGGUGGGCAACUUCGGCGAUCCCCUGGGCCUGUCCAACAUCUUCGGCUACGACGAGGACAUGCGCCACAAGGAGCUCAACAACGGUCGCUUCGCGAUGUUCGCGGCCAUCGGUAUCCUGUCCGCGGAGCUGUUGACCGGCAAGGUGGGCCUGAGCCAGUUCUGAAUUGACUCCGAGCAGGUGGUGGGGUGCUGGUAAGCCUCCACAACGAAAGAAAGGCAUUAUUGCAUCGCCUUGUUUUUUCCCCGGCAUUGUCACCCCGGGCAUUUUCGUCUGAGUGGAGAGUUUUCUCGCCCUGCGCCCUCGAUGCCACCAUUUCCAGGUGGAGGUUGCGCAGCACGUACAACUUUUUUCAAAGAUUUCGGCGCAGACAGAAGUGCCGCGAUAAUUGCGGAUAAUCAAAAGAAUUGAGCGAAAAGCUGGGGGCACCUUGGGCCAAGGGCACGCG